UACUAUGCAACUGCAGUGUGGUGUCUUUGGGGUUAAUGCUUGCUUCCUUCGUUGCCGUGUAGCAAGAAUCAACCCGUUCACCUCUUCACAUCGUCUGUGUGGAGUUUUCACGUGUUUCCUCCCACAAUCCAAAGACAUGUGUGGGAGCCCGUUAGCGCUCGGUUGUAUAAAUAGGAACCAAUCUUUGUCUGGUCAGGUGUUCCGCCCAGAAGGUUAACCGUUUUUGACAACAACAUUUUUUUUGUUUUUUUGACAACAUGCUGAGGCAGCUUGUUGCUGCCGUCGUUAUCUGUGGUUCCGGGUAUUACUGCUUGUUUCUCUUUGGAAAUACGUUCGAGUUUAAUGGACACUAACAAUAAAUGGACGGAGUGUUCAACUGGCAGACUGUUCUGCUGAUCCUUGGCUGAACUUUUUUCAUGAUAUCCAUCCACAACCAUGGAGAAAACCAUGCACAGCUCAUGGAUAGUCGACAUGCCUGGUAUCUGGCUGGGAACGAUGAUAUUAUGAAGUACGAGAUUACCACGAUGACAUCACUCAGGCUGUAGCCCUUGAAUAUCUGCAAAUUAUGAGGCCAUAACAGCUGUUCUGGAAAUUGUCAUUGAAUUCUGCAAAUUUCUGGGAGGAGUUAUCCUCAUAGUAAUGUCAUCACUGGCUGGGGUUGCUCUGCGUUCCACUAAAAGUCAGUUGCACAUGGUGAGUAAGGGAUCGUUCUUCCCUCUACUUCUCUCCUUGGCACCCCCUCUCUACUCCCCUUCACCUCCUCUGGUUCUGCAGUGCCAGGUGAUUGGAGCUGCAUCGGUUUGUCCUCUACACUCGUUCUAAUCUCCUCUUGCACUUCAGCAGUAGAAGGGUUGCAGGGGAGCUGGAGUCUAUCCCAGCAGACAAGGACAAUUUGCGCAAUAUGCGUAAGAUGGCCAUGGAUGUCAUGGCCAUCAUAAAGACCUCCUUAGGAAGUACUAACGGGCUUUCCCUGGACUGUUUAAGAAUGGACCUAGGUUCCAGAGGAAAAGACCUGCGGGGAAAAUGUCCCAAAUGCAAUUCUUUUUAUUGGACGCUACUUCGGAAAAGACCCCGAAGCCAUCCGAAGAAAUGGUUCUUCUACAGGCGGGCUUAGGCAGAAGGACCAUAAAGAUUCCAGAGGCUUCUGACCAUCAUGAGAUAGCUGAUCUUCUUUGUGCAGCUUAUCCAAAAAUGCGUGACCUCGAGGGAGCGUGGAUGCUGCAUAAAGCUAUGGGGGGCUCUGGUCAGCGCCGCCUUACCUUGGUCUCCCCCGAUGACACGGGCUACACAGGGGCUGGAUUGGCAAGGGCCUGGGGAGGCAAAGGAUGCCUGUACAUAAUGCCUAUUCAACAUAGGCUUAGCACUGCCCCCCUUCCCUUCACUGCCUCGGAAUUCAACGACAUGCCAAAGGCCAGGUGUGUGACCUGCAGCCAGAGUGUCCCACUCCGGCUUCUGAGCCUGCACGUGGACACAUGUUCCAGGUCUGAGCCCCACUCAGGUCAUGAUGAUGAUGAUGAUAUGGGGACAACAGUGCAUUUGCAGGAGACAAUAGAGCCUCUGUCCAGCUCAGACACUCCUGAUGUAAAAACAACUUGUCCCAUAUGUGGACAGUGGGUGGCCAGUGAUAUAGUGGAAAUUCACGCCAGCACAUGUGAACGUGAAUGUUAUGAAGCUGAGUGUGAAGAUGGAGAUGGUAGCCAAGCACAAAAGUCAGAAUGCACGUUAGGCUUUGCUGAUAUCUCGGCGUUGAUAAAGACUCUCAACCGAAGAGUCGACACUUCAACCACCUUCAGCAUUUGUGUGACCAGGGAGGAUAUUGUAGAACGUGGUUUGAAGCAGUGGCGGAGGCAGAAGCGCUCUUCCCCCAUAAACCCUCUCAUGGUUACUUUCAUUGGAGAGGCAGGCAUCGACAAUGGUGCACUCAAGAAUGAGUUUUUAACUGAAAUGGUUGCUGGCGUGGAGAGGUGCUUUUUUGAGGGAGGGACCACCGGGAAAACUCCAAAGUACUCCAUCACAGAUGUAGACAGCCGUAACUUUAAGACUAUUGGAGAAAUAUUUGCUGUCAGUAUUGUUCAGGGUGGGCCACCUCCGAAUUUUUUCAUGCCGUGGUGCUACAACUUCAUUUCCACGGGAGAACUAGACUAUGAAACAGUAACUGAAGGCAAUGUUGCUGACCCUAAACUCAAGGAACUAAUACGAACGAUCCGGGCAGCUGAUGGCACCUCUGUGUUGGAGUGCACAGAGCGAAUUGUGGCGUGUGGAUACACAGGGCCUGUGUCCAUCCAAAGAAAGGAACAAAUUGUGCGGGCUGUUGUCCUACACGCAACGGUGCGAUUACUGCCUAUACUACAACAACUCUGCUCUGGUCUGAAAAUCUACAACCUCCUCAGCAUGGUCUGGGCGGAAAAGGACAUGUGCCGACAGCUAUUUGUACAACAUCCUUGUAGGAAGGUUGAUGCUGAUUUCCUGGUGAGGUCCCUGUCACCCUUUUUUAGUGAGAAGGGAACAGUAAAACGCCAGAGAGAGUCACAAAUCGUAAACCAUCUCCAGGAUUUCAUUCAGGAUUUGGAGGAUAAAGGAGCAGAUGGAAAAAUGGAAGACAGAAACCUGACUGAAGAGCGCCUGCCCGAAGACCCUGGACGUGAGAACUUGCACAUUGAUGUUGGCAAAUUCUGCCAGUGGCUAACAGGACAGAGCCAUGUACCCCUAAGUCAUGCAGACCGGGAAGAUUUUAAAAUAGUCAUUGAGUUUGACCAUGACUGUAAGGUGCGCUACGGUACGCAUAGGACCUGCUAUCCUGUGGUUAAUGCUUGUUCCCGUUCAGUAACUUUACCAGUUGUACACCUAGGGACAUCCACUGAAUUGAGAGAUGUCAUCUCUAAAGCCAUUGUCUAUGGCUAUGAAUUUGGCCGCAGUUGAACAGGUCUGAUAAAAAACAAUUUACAUUGACAACUUGAAUUUAUGGCCUAGAAACAAUGUCUUGGCCAAUAGGCUGUUUUAUUGGCCUUCAGUUUAGUGGGCACACAGGUCUGUUCUUAAUGUUAGUAGGCCGAAUGUGUUUACUAUUUUUAUCCCGGUCAACUUGUCUUGAAAUAAAAUUCUGUAUA